AUGGGCUGUGAAGACAAAGACAAAGACCAUUACCCCGCACCAGGCUUGAGAUUCGGCGAUGCAUCAAAGCCAACAGGUUCCACGGUCGGCUUUUUGGAUCUGCCUGGAACGGUUCGCCAAGAUAUCUACAAACGAGUGCUCGCCGUGGCACACCCCGUCUACCUUUUCCAAGAUUUCGGACCUCGUGUUGAAGCCUUUGCCCCCGACAAACUCAAGUGGUGGAUUGCCUUGCUAUACACCAACCGACAAAUCUCCAGCGAAGCCAAGGCAGUCCUGUAUGGUAACAACAAUUUCCAUCUGCUGGACAAGCCUCAGAAGCAUGGAACCCUUUUGCAAUCUUUCUUGGAUUGCAUUGGAGCUUCCAAUGCGAAUUCCCUAUCCCGCCUCUGCAUCAGCUUCCCCGUCAUGGAGAAGACAGAGGAUCCUCACGGAGUCACCAUCCGACAAGACAGCCUCAACGGCCUGGCUCUCGUUCAUGACCAGUGCGCUGGCCUCAAGACGCUUGAAUUGCAACUUUGCAGAGAAAUUUCCGGGCUUCCGGCCGAGGCGCGUGGGGGAGAUGGGCAGCUUGUUCGGGAGGCGUUGCUGCGAAUUGAUGCACAGCUGAAGGCCAUCUCCUCGGUCAAGAAUGUUGUCGUCAGACUCUACAUCAAAGACGUCCCCCCUCUGGUGGUUGAUGCGAUGCAGGGACUUGCAUGGGUGGUCUUGGAUGGCUAA